UUGACUUGAACGCCACCACCUUCAUCAUGGAAUUCAAACGGGAACCACGCAUGAAUCAAAUGGCCAUGCAGCAAGCACAACAACCAGCGAGUUUGGGACCGGCUAGUGUUAAAUAUUUAGAAGAACUUAAAACAGAAGUGUCACAGGUCGACGCUAGUACAUUAUCACAUGCAUCAAGACUCUUAAACGAUGAGGUCAAAAGAGUUGAACAAGGAAAUGCCAAGAAGCAAGUCCCAACUGUGGAGGCACAUCACUCAAGACCUCAAGGCGUGGCGCUGAAAGUGAAAAUUCCUGUCAGAGAUUUUCCAAAGUUCAAUUUUGUUGGAAAGCUUCUUGGACCCAAAGGAAUGUCAUUGAAGAGAUUACAGGAAGAGACAGGAACAAAGAUGUCAAUUUUAGGGAAGGGCUCCAUGAGAGACAAGAACAAGGAGGAGGAGAUGAAGAAGGAAGGUGGAAAGUACGCACAUUUGAAUGAAGAUCUCCAUCUUCUCAUAGAAGUGUACAGUGAGGUGUCUGACUGUUAUGCCAGACUAUCACAUGCAGUUUCAGAGGUGCAAAAAUUCUUGACACCAGAUUACAAUGAUGAAAUCUCACAGCAGCAGAUGGAGGAGAUGAUGUUCCUGAAUGGCGAGAAGCCAACUCCAGGUGGUGUCGGGGGUGGUCGUGGGAGGGGGCGUGGAGGUCCCCGAGGGGCAGGAAGAGGUGGUAUCCUUGGUGGAGGGCCCACUGGAGGAGGCGGUGGCCGUGCUGCACCUCCGGGCAGGUCAGUGUCACACAGGGGUGCUCCAAGAGGUGGUUCUACAAUUGGUGCUGCUAGAGGAGCCCCACGUGGUGCCCCAUCAGGAAGGGGACGACCAGCUCCCCCACCAGCACAAAACACCAGCUACAAUGAUUACUCAAACCAGGGCUAUGAAGAAUACUCGGAUCCAUAUGCAAGAGAAACGUUUGAUGCCAGUUAUGGAGGAGGUGAUACUCAGUAUUUUGACUAUGGACAUGGUUCAAGUGCAGCAGGUGGAUAUGAAGAAGCUGGAUAUGAGGGAGAAUAUGACCAAGCUGGAUAUGGUGAGACUGGUGGCGGUUGGGGAUCAACCAAUACCCAGAUGAAGGCUCCAUCAACACGAGGCAGUCGGGGACAAUUCAGACAACACCCAUAUGGAGGUGGCCGUGGAGGAGGAGCUUACUAAGACAAAGGGCAUCACCUUCAUCAUAUCAUCUAUUCUUAGCGGACAUUUGUACAUAGGACAUCCGUCAUCUCAUCUUGAGGUACAUGUACUGCCAGUACCAUCAUCCCCCCAUACUUCGGACAUAAACCUCCAGUCGUGGACACUUGUUACAAAGUAACAUAAAAUUUCAUAGGACAAACAAAUAAAUGGGCCUUCCAACAGGUUCUAUCAAUGUGUUUUAAAUACUAGAUUCCUUGAACAUGUUAAAAGUGUAGGUUCCUUCAAUGUGUUUAAAAGUCCAAAGUCCGAUUAUGUGUUUAAAGAAGACUAAAUACAUAAACUGUUCAAUUUAAAAGUGAAUGUUGUGAGCCAUGGAUAUGCUGUGUAGGUAGUCCUUUUAAUGGUAGCCGUUUAAUCACUGUUAAAUCAUUUAAACACAUUGUAAUCAUGUUGUCAUGUCUCUGUCAGAAAAAAAAUCAUUGUUGUCAUUUGCAUCCAAAUAAAUUCAAAAAUACAAUAAAAAAUGAAAAAUAAUGAAAAUUGAAUGCAAUUUGUUUAGUUUAUAUAUUUAAUAUUUACAUUUGAAUUAACAAUUACUAUUUAUAAAAAAUCCAAUGUCUCGGACGCGAAUGUAGAAUGUAAUAGCAUAAACUAAAUAUAAAUCUAGUCCCAGCCCCAGCACUGAACUAACAGCCCUGAACAUUGGAUAUCUGGUAACCAAAAGUUAGGCUUCGAGACCAGCAUAAACUACUAAUAAAUAUCCACUUAGCACAGAAAGAUAUUCCCGAGGCAUUGGAUUUCAAAAUUUGUUUGUCUAGUUUUGAUCAAGAUUUGGUCAACUGAAAUGUCAUGUUAUAAAUAUUUUUGCAUGUUCACAAAUGAUAUAUAUAUAUAUCUGAUUGCUGUCACUUCCAGCUGUGAAUAAACUAUUUGUAUGAUGAAAACAUGAAGAUCUCUAACAGGAAAGGUGGUAUGAACUUAAACAACAUAAAGCUUGAGCUAUAUUGGUGUCUCUUUAGAAGAAAAUUUGUGUAAAUCUCAAGUGGUACAUCUGACUGAAGGGAAAGAUGAUCAUAACACAAGUUGUUUGUGCCAAAUUGUAAAGAUGCUCAGAAACUGUUGAUUUCACAGAUAAUGCUCUAUCAAAGUUGUGAAAUAUAAAAGCUCGCAGCGACAUAAAUAAGACUGCAUAUAAAAGUAUUCAGGAUGAAAAUUUAUUGUUAUUCUUUGAUGCUCCUAUCAAUAUAGAUGUACAUAACAUUAAAUGUCUGAAAUAUGACGUUAAAAAUGUCAACAACAAUAUCCAGCAAAACAGUGGUUGAAACCUAACAUUUCAUGUAAAACUUCUGGUGUAGGAAACAAUAUUCACUAUGUUGAUCAGGAAUAGCAAGUAAAUUUCAUCCAAAAUAUGUCAUUGUUGUGAAAUAUGAUACCGCACUAUAUAAACCAAAGGAAGCUUGAACCCUACAAGACAUGUAAAAAACCAUCAAGAAAUAACCUUCAAUGAAGUGCAGCAGACAAAAUAGCUGGUCCCCUAAACAAGCUAUAGCAACAAGGAAGCUUUCAUAAAACGGAAUAAACAAGCUACAGGAAGCUUUCUUAAAAGGGAGAUCAUCCACAGAUUACAAAUGAUCCCUGGCUCAGGAGCCACCAGCACCCAACCAUGAGGAACCAUCCUACAGUGUUGGUCACCUGACCACUUCAGAGGUCCUCCGGCCUUUGUCUUGGGCGGAUAGGUCUAGCAAUGACAAGACUGUUUGGUUCUGGUACCAGUCUGGCUACUUGAGUGAGCUUAGUUCUGCUACAGAACCCAUUGCUCUUCAGGUCUGUGAUGCUCGUCAGCAUUGCAAUGGAGCAAAGACAUUGACAUUUCUUUAGAAAUGGGACAGUUCCUGGAUAGGACCAAUUAAAUUGUUGAAGUUGA